CGGGGCCAGCCCAGCCCGGCACUCUCCUCCCUGGGCAGCUGCAGCCCGCUGGUGGCAGCGGCCCCGGAGGGACACAGCUCCGUUGUCACCUUCCGCUUCAUCGAGAAGGCCAGCGUGCGGACCCUGGGCAGCCUGCCGCCCCCUCAGCCCUGCCGGGAGAACGGGCCCCGCAGCCUCAGCCGGAGCCUGGAGCUUGGUGGAGGUGCAGGGUCCCCCCAGCCCCAGUCCUUGCCACUGCCCCAGGAGCAGCUCCUACUCACACUGAAGCUGGAGGCCUCCGCGUCCGACCCGCUCCUGGCCGGAAGCAGGACCCCAGGGGGGAUGCAUCCCUGCGGGAAGGAGCCCUGCGGCCUUGACGUCGGCUGCCUCCGCCACUCCCUCGCCAAUGGGCUGCCGGAGGACUUCCCGACCUUCACCAGGAGCCCCCUGAAGCCGGAGCCCCAGCCCCAGGGCAGCGCCUGGCCGUACUCCCGGCAGAGCUCAGCCCAUGCCCAGCGCAUCGCCAGGGCCAAGUGGGAAUUCUUUUAUGGCUCCUCAGACACCCCAAAGACAGGCUCCUCUACCCCCAACUCUGCUCCCCUGGCUGAGCACCCGCAGAAGCCCGUCUGCCUGCUGCCCGCCAAGCUGCCAGGGUCAGGGCCUGAGCACAGCCUGAGCCACGUGGAGGUGGAGAUAGAGAUGUCUCCUCCAGGCAGCCAUAAGCCUGGCUCCUGCGAGACUGGGAUUAUAAGGAGGACGGUGAAGUACUCUGAGACAGACCUGGACACUGUGCCGCUGAGGUGCUAUCAUGAAACCAACAUCGACGAUAUCCUGGCUGAGAAGGAGGAGGUGGAUUCAGCGAUUGAGAGCCAGAAGGACAGUGAGAGCAACCCAAGCUUUGGGGGCACCCCUGGCAGGAGGAACAGCACACCGGAGGAGCCCCCCACCCUGGACACCAGCUUCCCAAAGGACAGGCUACGGGAUGGGGAUGCGGAUGAGGAUGAUGAGGUGUUUGAGGCGACGAGGAAGGAGAACAGGGAAAGGAUCAUGGACCGAGACACACAGGGUAUGCUCAAGUCUCCAGUGCCCUUCCUCCUAGGGCACAGCCUCUCCAAGGAUGGCAUGGACUCUUUCAGCAAGCAUUUUGAGAGCAUCAUGGAGUCUCAUCGAGCCAAAGGCACAUCUUACACCAGCCUGGACUCCAUUGAUAUCCUCUCUUCCCCAGCCCGCACCCAUGGGACCUUUUUCACUUUUGACCUCCCAACCCUCACCCCAGAAAUACAGGGACAGAUCCGAGACAGCGCCAAGCUGAUCGAGGAGAACUUUGCUCCUCUGGCUCACUUGGAGCCGGACUCUGGGACCAGUUCAGCCACAGAUGCCCCCUGGACAGAGAGGGAGGAGGAGCGGGGGAGACGAAGGAAGGGUGCUCGGCACAGCCCUUGCCACUCAGAGGACAGCUUUGGUACUCCCUUGGCCUCCAACAUGAGCGGCCACCCCCUGAGCCACCUGGUUUCAGAUUCAGAGUCGGAGAUGGACAGUGUGGAGCAGCUGGCCCUGGGCAGCACAGACACCCUCUCCAACGGGCACAAGGCUGACCUGGAGGCUGCCAAACGCCUGGCCAAGAGGCUCUACAACCUGGAUGGCUUUAAAAAAGCAGAUGUGGCCCGCCAUUUGGGGAAGAAGUACGUAUGGGGGCAAUGAGUAGCAGGUGAAUACCUGAAGUUCUUCGUGUUCACGGGGAUGAGCCUGGACCAGGCUCUCAGGUCAUUUCUAAAGGAGCUGGCCUUGAUGGGAGAGACACAAGAGCGAGAGCGAGUGUUGGCUCAUUUUUCUCAGCGCUAUUACGAGUGUAAUCCCAACGCCAUCUCUUCAGAGGAUGGAGCCCACACCCUCACUUGCGCCCUGAUGCUUCUAAACACGGAUCUGCAUGGACAUAACAUUGGGAAGAGAAUGUCUUGUUCUGACUUCAUUGGCAACUUGGAGGGACUCAACGGAGGCACCGAUUUCCCCAAGGAGCUGCUCAAG